UGCUUUACACAACCACCUGCUUCACACUACCAAGGCAAGUACACAGCAGCAAUACGUAGUAGAUUUCCCGAGUGAGGAGCUCAGCGCAAGAUGGAGAACCAGGCACACAUCGCCGGCGAGAAGAAGGGCAUCAUGGAGAAGAUCAAGGAGAAGCUCCCCGGCGGCCACGGCGACCACAAGGAGACCGCUGGUACCCACGGGCACGCCGGCACGGCGACGCAUGGUGCCCCGGCCACUGGUGGUGCCUACGGGCAGCAGGGUCACGCUGGAACCACCGGCACGGGGUUGCAUGGCGCCCACGCCGGCGAGAAGAAGGGCGUCAUGGAGAACAUCAAGGACAAGCUCCCUGGUGGCCACCAGGACCACCAGCAGACUGGUGGUACCUAUGGGCAGCAGGGACACACCGGCACGGCGACGCAUGGCACCCCGGCGACCGGUGGCACCUAUGGGCAGCAGGGACAUACCGGCACAGCGACGCAUGGCACCCCGGCGACCGGUGGCACCUAUGGGGAGCAGGGACACACCGGAGUGACUGGCACGGGGACGCACGGCACCGGCGAGAAGAAGGGCCUCAUGGAGAACAUCAAGGAGAAGCUCCCUGGUGGCCACGGUGACCACCAGCAGACCGGUGGUACCUACGGGCAGCAGGGACACACCGGCACGGCGACGCAUGGCACCCCGGCCGGGGGCGGCACCUAUGAGCAGCACGGACACACCGGGAUGACCGGCACAGGGACACACGGCACUGGCGAGAAGAAAGGCGUCAUGGAGAACAUCAAGGACAAGCUCCCUGGUGGCCACGGAGAUCACCAGCAGACCGGUGGCACCUACGGGCAGCAGGGACACACCGGCACGGCGACACAGGGCACCCCGGCCGGCGGCGGCACCUAUGAGCAGCAUGGACACACCGGGAUGACCGGCGCGGGGACACACAGCACUGGCGAGAAGAAGGGCGUCAUGGAGAACAUCAAGGAAAAGCUCCCUGGUGGCCACAGUGACCACCAGCAGACCGGUGGAGCCUACGGGCAGCAGGGACACACCGGCACGGCGACACAUGGCACCCCUGCCGGCGGCGGCACCUACGGGCAGCAUGGACACGCUGGAGUGAUCGGCACGGAGACGCAUGGCACCACGGCCACCGGCGGCACCCAUGGGCAGCACGGACACACCGGAACGACUGGCACUGGGACACACGGCUCCGACGGGAUCGGCGAGAAGAAGAGCCUCAUGGACAAGAUCAAGGAUAAGCUGCCUGGACAGCACUGAGCCCGGUCUGCCCGCGGCCGCUACCCUUGCAGAAUAAUAACCCCACCGUGUAUAAGUUGAUUGAGUCUAGUUCACCUAGCUCACUUGGUCGUUGGAGGAGAGAAUGUAUUAUGUAUCUUGGUUUAAGUUUUCACGGACAACAGUGUGUUCACAGUUUUCUUC